ACCCCAACGAAACAAUAGAGCUCGACCACCAUCAUUCGAGUCAAACCUUGAAUCAUCUCGCUUUUACUCCCCCGAUCGUGUCGAAAUGUCGAGUCCCUCAGAGCAACCCCAGACGUUCAUGCAACGCCUCGCCACCGCGCUUGUCUACGUUCUCGCCUUCCCUUUCAUCGCUAUUUUCAUCGGAUUAAAGCGCGUUGUCACGCAGCAGAAAGAGCCACCGCACUCAUAUCGCAACAGGCUACCCGCUAUGAAGAAUUUGGGACCGAGUCAGGACGCGAAGGGCCGGUAGUGUAGGACAGAUCUGGGCGGCAGAGGUAAUUGCUUUUGGCAUCAUUCAUAAAUCCAUAGGCUCUCAAAGAUGAAUUGGUUCAUUUCUAUGGCUACAGGCAGACCAGGAUGAGCCUAGCCAUCGCAUCGAAUGAUACCUGACUCCAUAU